ACUGCGAGACCAGCAAAGCCAGCGAAUUCAGAUUUCGCAUUUUCAGAAAAUGUAUUCAGUGCAGGGGCGACAUUCGCAGCGGCAACGAAAGCGACAGCCAUAGCAUAUCUCUAUACCCAUCCACCCACACACUUGCACAUUGUCACCUGGCACUUGGCACUUUCCACUUGGCAUCUGGCAUCUGGCACCUGGCACCCACACACAUACGCAGAUCACCAAUACGGGCGCAAACAGAUAGAAAGUGAGGGAGAGAGAGAUAGGGAGUGCGGGAGAGAGCAUUAAAGAAAGUGGUCAAGAAGGAAAGCUAGAAAGGCGCGUGCGUGCGUGUGUGUGUGUGUGUGUGUGUUUGUGAAUGCAAGCCGGAAAUGGCAAAAUUAGUGACUUACAUCUUCAUCGCCAGCUCGCUGGUCCUCUGGUACCUCCUGCUGUUCGGGGGCAGGGGCGUCAGGGGCGUGGAGGCGACCAACGGGCAUGGGGGUCAGCUGGAGGGACGCGACUUUCAUCACCAUGGCGGCAGCCACCACAUUCGCCGUAACAUAAAUCACUGCUGGCGCCGCUACGAUGGCUACAAUCUGCAGAACACUGUGGUCAACAAAAAGGAGCAGCUGAAGAAGCCCUAUGGCAUAUUGUGCAACUUCAAGUGCACCUGGUUCUUCACCGUCAGCUUCCCCACUUGCGAGUUCAUCUACGAUUAUAAGUUAUCCUGCGUGCUGUUCACUUCACUGCCCGACUGCACCAGCGUGCAGUGUACGCUUAUGAAUUACUUCGAUUAACUAGUGUAUUUCUAUUGAACUAUUUAAGUAUCUUUUUUUUUGAUAGCCUAAGUCUGAUUAAUACUAGAUUUUAUAUGAACAUGUAGUGCGCGAGCUAGAAACAAAGUAUUAUUAAAUCAA